AUGGAAUUUCGAGAUAUGCAGCUGGAGGUGCUCUCCAUCAAUGAAGCACGUCGAGAAGUGUUGAUUAACCUCAGGAAACGUGUGUCAGCUUCAAUACAUCAUCCUGCCUUCUCUGUUGACCAACGGAUACGCUUGGUACAUGUCAGAGAUGAAAUAAGGGCAGGAGGUUUCGCCUUCGUACGCCGGUUUCGCGCUACUCAACUAGAUGUCAACGAUAUUGAUAACUUUCUUGUAGAGAUGAUCUGGAGUGAUGGAGAACGCACUUUUGUUGGGCGCACACGCAAUGACAUUAACACACUACAUCACCGACUUUUGGACAUGUUUGGCGGGGAACGGCGUGAAAUGAAGCAGGCGCAGGAUGCCAAUGCUGAGCAGCCAGAGUCGGCAUGGACAUCUGCGUUACGGAUAUUGCCUCACUUCUCUAUGGAUUGUUCUCAAGCUGCCGUCAUACAAUACAUAAAUGCUCUUUCUGAUUUGCCAGCUCGAAUAAUGUUGAGUUCUGUGAUAUACCAGCAAUUUUUCGCAUCUCGACUUAGCUCCGAAGAAUUAGAGGUAGCAGAACGCUCAAUACCAACUACUCCAUCUCUUCAACGUUACACACAUCCAGUUUCUUCUCCGGUAAUCUAUCCCGUAGCCUCAGCAGCUCUUGCGUACAGCUCUCGUGAUGCAGGGAUCCAGGUGAUGGUGAUAUUUGACUACAUACCGAAUGUUCUUUUACUACUUUCUGGCGUGUCACUUCACUAG